UAGUUGAGCUGUUGUGUGUUUGUGUCUCUGUACUCAUGCAGUAAAAUGGCAGAAGCCAGAUUUUCUGAAGAUGAGUUCAUGUGUCCAGUGUGUCUGGAUCUCCUGAAGGAUCCAGUGACCACUUCCUGUGGACACAGUUACUGUAAGAGCUGUAUUACAGGCUGCUGGGAUCAGGAGGAUCAGAAGAGAGUCUACAGCUGUCCUCAGUGCAGACAGACCUUCAUUCCAAGACCUGCUUUAGCUAAAAACACUGUGCUGGCUGAAGUGGUGGAGAAACUGAAGAAGACUAAACUUCCUGCUGACUGUUACGCUGGAGCUGGAGAUGUGCAGUGUGACGUCUGUACUGGAAGAAAACACAAAGCCGUCAAGUCCUGUCUGGUGUGUCUGGAGUCUUACUGUCAGAAUCACCUUGAACAACAUGAGAGUUUGUUCAAAGGAAAGAGACACAAUCUGACUGAUGCCACUGGACGACUGCAGGAGAUGAUCUGCCAGAAACACGACAAGAUCCUUGAGGUUUUCUGCCGCACUGAUCAGAAGUGUAUAUGUGUGCUGUGUAUGGAUGAACAUAAAAACCACGACACUGUAUCAGCUGCAGCACAGAGGACAGAGAAACAGCACCAGCUGAAGGAGACGCAGAGGUGGUUCCAGCAGAGGAUCCAGCAGAGAGAGAAAGAUCUUCAGCAGCUGAGAGAGGCUGUGGAGUCUCAUAAGUGCUCUGCACAGACAGCAGUGGAGGACAGUGAGAGGAUCUUCACUGAGCUCAUCCGCUCCAUUGAGAGAAGCCGCUCUAAGGCCACACAGCGGAUCAGAGAUCAGGAAAAGACUGCAGUGAGUCGAGCUGAAGGACGACUGGAGCGACUGGAGCAGGAGAUCAAUGAUCUGAGGAGGAGAGACGCUGAGCUGGAGCAGCUUUCACACACACAGGAUCACAUCCAUUUCCUGCAGGGUUUCCAGUCUCUCUCAGCUCCUCCUGAAUCUACAGAUGAUCUAAAUGACGAUCCCUUCAGUUCUUUCUCCUCUUUUGAUGGCGUGAGAGAAUCUGUCCGUCAGCUGAGAGACAAACUGGAGGAUUUCUGCAAAGAGGAGCUCAAGAAGAUCUCUGACAGAGUCACUUUCACCAACAUUGUUCCCAGGACCAGGAACGACUUCCUACAAUAUUCCCAUCAGUUCACUCUGGAUCCAAACACAGUGAAUAAAAACCUCCGUCUGUCUGAGAGGAACAGAGUGAUUACAUUCACUGACACAGAGCAGUCAUAUCCUGAUCAUCCAGACAGAUUUGAUGGAUGUAAUGCUCAGAUGUUGUGUAAAGAGAGAGUGUGUGGACGCUGUUACUGGGAGAUUGAGUGGAGUGGAUGUGUUGGUGUGUUUAUAUCAGUGUCAUAUAAGAGCAUCAGCAGGAAGAGACGGGGUGAUGAAUGUCGGUUUGGAUAUAAUGAUCAGUCCUGGAGCUUGUUCUGCUCUCGCUCCAGUUACUCAUUCAGACACAAUAACAUAGGUACUAAACUCCCUAUAAAGCCCAUCAGCAGGAAAAUAGGAGUGUAUGUGGAUCACAGUGCAGGAACUCUGUCCUUCUACACAAUGUCCUACUCUGACACAAUGAGCCUCAUCCACACAGUCCAGACCACAUUCACUCAACCGCUCUAUCCUGGGUUUGGGAUUUAUAAUAAAUCAUCAGUGAAACUGGGUUGAUGAAUCAGAAUAGACUGUUGAGAAAUUCAACCCAUAAUGCUUUGAGCUGCAUGAUAAAUCAGUCAGAGAUGUCUUAUAUUUCCUCUUAAUUACAUUAAUAAUACAGCUGAACUUCUGUCACCGAAAUAACAUGUCAGAAUAAAUGUGUAUGAUGAAUCCUCA